AUGGCGUCCAACAACAAAGUAGCUUCCUCCCAGAGUCCAAUGGCGUCCGGCGGCGCACAAAGCCACUCGCACUCCCCCCCUGUGGCUGGGGCUGUGGCUGAUGAAGCUUUGGGCAGCAGCAACAACAACAACAAGCCUGCUGCUAAGCCUCCUUCAGGUUCCUCCACGGAGUACCAGCUGAGGAAGUACCUGCUGCUGCUGGCCACUCUGGUUGCGACGGUGACGUACGUCGCCGGGCUGAACCUGCCGGGGGGAGCCUGGCAGGAGGACACCGACGACGGCCCGCACCACCACCACGCGGGCGACCCGAUCCUCCAGUACGCGCACCGCCACCGCUACCUCACCUUCUACUACUGCAACGCCACCGCGUUCGCCGCGUCGCUCGUGGUCAGCCUCCUCCUGCUGGUCCUGGAUGGCAAGAACACGGGCUGGUGGGAGGCCCUGCUGCGGGUCGUCAUGGUGCUCGAUCUGCUCGGCCUCAUGGGCGCCUACGCCGCCGGGAGCUGCCGGGACAAGUUCACCACCAUCUACUCGGCGCUGCUGCUGGCGCGGCAGCUGCUCAGGAAGCAAAGCGAUGUUCAUGAGCGUCGCCAAGAACUGCAUGAGGUCCUGAUGCUGCUGGCCACCUUCGCGGUGACCAUCACGUACGUGGCCGGGCUGAAUCCGCCGGGCGGCUUCUGGGGCGACACCAAGGACGGGCACCAGAUGAGCGACCCGGUCCUGAUGGAGCACUACUCCAGCCGCUACCAGGCGUUCUACGUCUGCAACACCACCGCGUUCGUCGCGUCCCUGCUCAUCAUCAUCCUCCUCGUCGACAAGAAGCUCACAACCAAGCUCUCUGUGCGGCUUGUGGCUCUGUAUGGUCUCACCAUCACGGCGCUCCUGGGCCUCAUGGGGGCGUACGCCGCUGGGAGCUGCAGGCAGCUCGACGACACCACCUACGUCAUCUGCCUCAUCGCCGGAGUUCUUGCCUACAUCUUCCUCCAGGUGGCCGUCACCAAGGCCAUCGGAAUGAAGCAGGAUCGUUCCAUUCCAAGCCUGCUUCGCAGUUGCUUCGACAGAUCGCAGGACCAAAAUAAACCAGAUCAGAGCAGCCGAUCAUCAGAAGACCAAAUUCCACCGAUCAAAAAAGAAGAAGACCAAAUUCCACCAGAUCAGAAUCAGAUCAGCAGCAGGGGCAUAAAUCAACACGAAGGCGGCGGCGAAGCAGUGGAAAUGGAUCCUUCAAAAAAAGCACUGGAAAAGGAUCCUUCAAAAGAAGCAGUGGAAAAGGCGAAACAGUCUCUUGUCAUGUUGCUUGCAACCCUUGUGGUGAGCAUCACUUACAGUGCAGGACUGGACCCACCAGGUGGCCUGUGGCCCGACACCAGAGACGAUCACAAGAUCGGUGACCCGAUACUCCUGACCACACACCCCACCCGGUACAAGGUGUUCUUCUACAGCAACUCGGCGGCGUUCGUGGCGUCCCUCAUCGUGAUCCUCAUGGUCCAGAGCAGAUUCCUGCUCAAGGGCCACACGCUGGAGGCGGCCAUGAUCCUGGACCUGUUCGGCCUGAUCAGCGCGUACGCCGCGGGGUGCUGCAGGGACGAGACGACCUCCAUCUACGUGGUUGCCCUGGCCGGGAUCGUCCUGGUCUACGUGGUCAUCCACAUCGUCCUCUUCACGCUUCCAGACCACAAGGACAGCAACCCGGACGCGGAGAAGAAGCUGGAGAACAGGCGCGAGAUGCUGCUGCUCCUGGCCAUCCUGGCGGCGACGCUCACCUACCAGGCUGGGCUGACGCCGCCGGGGGGCUUCUGGUCAGAAGAUGAAGAUGGGCACCGCGCGGGCUACCCGGUGCUCCACGACCACUACCGGCCCCGCUACAUGGCCUUCUUCUACUGCAACGCGGCGAGCUUCAUGGCGUCCGUGGCUCUCAUCGUCCUGCUCGUGAACCCGAACCUGUACAGGCCAGGGAUACGGUGCUACGCGCUCUACGUGUGCAUGGUGGUGGGCAUGUUUGGGCUCAUGGGAGCCUAUGCCGCUGGGAGCUCCAGGGAUCUGCGCACCUCCAUUUAUGUGUUGACGCUGGUUGUUGCCGUGUUUGCCUUUGUAGCCCUGGAGGUAGUCAUUUUCUUGGUUCACCCCUACCUAAGAGAUCAUUGGAAGCAAUGGUGGGGGUGCCUAAAAGAUCAUUGGAAGCAGUGGUGGAGGUGCAUCAAGAAUAAUGCAGCUGAUUCCUCCGGGCAAGCAGAACCAGACGCCGGCACGAAACAGAACCAGGAGACAGAGAUACAGCAGGAAAGUAAAACUCAGGGAGAGAUGCCAGUAGAAGCACGGCAAGAAGAUCAGCUCUCUGUCUCUGGAUCAUCAGAAGAUAGGAACAUGCGUGAAUACUUGAUGCUGCUAGGAGUCCUUGCUGCGAGUGUAACCUAUCAGACUGGCCUGAAGCCACCAGGUGGCCUGUGGCAGGACGACAGCAAUGGUCCCUCUGCUGGCAGCUCCAUCCUCCAUUACAUCAACAAACGCCGGUACCAUGCUUUCUUCUACUGCAACUCCACCUCCUUCAUGGCUUCCGUCGUCGUCAUCAUCUUGCUCCUGCCACUCUGGCCAUCGACUCUCCAAAAUUACGAAUUGCCACUCUGGCCAAUGCACACAGCUAUCUUGCUUGACAUGCUCGGCCUGCUGGGGGCCUAUGCAGCAGGCAGUACCAGAGACUGGGAGACAUCCAGGAAUGUCGUCUACUUGGUCAUCCCUGUCCUGGCCUAUAUUGCAGCCUAUGCAUUAGUCUCAAUCUUCUGCAAGAAAGGUGGUGCCACAGCCCACAAGAGCAAGUCCGAAGAACAGAAACCAUCUGGCAAUCAUGAAGUCUGA